CUUGCGCCCGCAGCGGCUCCAGCAGCACCAUGGCCGCUUCCGAGCUGUACACGAAGUAUGCAAGAAUUUGGAUACCUGAUGCAGAAGUAGUCUGGAAAUCAGCAGAGCUUCUGAAAGACUAUAAACCAGGAGAUAAAGUCCUCCACCUUCAGCUUGAGGAUGGCAAGGGUCUUGAAUAUAGCCUUGAUCCUAAAUUGAAGGAAUUACCACCUUUGCGAAACCCUGAUAUACUUGUGGGUGAAAAUGACCUGACAGCUCUCAGCUAUCUCCAUGAACCUGCUGUUCUCCAUAACCUAAAAGUUCGGUUUAUAGACUCAAAACUCAUUUAUACAUAUUGUGGUAUAGUUUUAGUAGCCAUAAAUCCUUAUGAACAAUUGCCUAUCUAUGGCGAAGACAUCAUCAAUGCUUACAGUGGCCAGAACAUGGGGGAUAUGGACCCCCACAUCUUUGCUGUGGCUGAAGAAGCAUAUAAACAAAUGGCCAGAGAUGAACGGAACCAGUCCAUUAUUGUAAGUGGGGAAUCAGGAGCUGGAAAAACAGUCUCUGCUAAGUACGCGAUGAGAUAUUUUGCCACUGUGAGUGGGUCUGCCAGUGAAGCUAAUGUUGAAGAGAAGGUAUUGGCUUCUAAUCCUAUAAUGGAGUCUAUUGGGAAUGCCAAAACCACACGGAAUGACAACAGCAGUCGCUUUGGGAAGUACAUUGAAAUAGGUUUUGAUAAGAGGUAUCGAAUCACUGGUGCUAACAUGCGAACUUAUCUCCUAGAAAAAUCAAGAGUGGUGUUUCAGGCAGAAGAUGAGAGAAACUACCAUAUCUUCUACCAGCUCUGUGCUUCUGCAGCAUUACCUGAAUUUAAAACUUUGCGGUUAGGGAACGCUGAUUAUUUUCAUUAUACAAAGCAAGGGGGAAGCCCAGUAAUUGAUGGAAUUGAUGACGCUAAGGAAAUGAUGAACACCAGGCGAGCUUGCACAUUGCUAGGCAUUGUUGAUUCCUGUCAGAUGGGAAUAUUCCAAAUCCUUGCUGCUAUUCUUCACUUGGGCAAUGUGGCUUUUACAUCUCGAGAUGCUGACAGCUGUGUAGUACCACCCAAACAUGAACCCCUCAAGAUCUUCUGUGAUCUCAUGGGAGUGGAAUAUGACCAGAUGGCUCACUGGCUUUGCCAUAGGAAGCUUGCGACUGCUACGGAGACAUACAUCAAGCCAAUUUCUAAGCUGCAGGCCAUAAAUGCCAGGGAUGCUCUUGCAAAACAUAUCUAUGCUAAGCUCUUCAACUGGAUUGUAGAUCAUGUGAAUGAAGCUCUGCAUUCGACUAUGAAACAGCAUUCCUUCAUUGGUGUAUUGGACAUUUAUGGGUUUGAAACAUUUGAAAUAAACAGCUUUGAACAGUUUUGUAUAAACUAUGCCAAUGAGAAAUUGCAGCAACAGUUCAAUAUGCAUGUCUUUAAGCUAGAGCAAGAAGAAUACAUGAGGGAAGAAAUUCCAUGGACCUUGAUUGAUUUCUAUGAUAAUCAGCCAUGCAUUAACCUCAUAGAAGCCAAAAUGGGCAUUUUGGACUUGCUAGAUGAGGAGUGUAAGAUGCCUAAAGGUUCAGAUAACAGUUGGGCCCAGAAAUUAUACAAUACUCACUUGAAUAAGAGUUCACUCUUUGAAAAGCCCCGUAUGUCAAACAAAGCUUUUAUCAUCCAGCACUUUGCAGAUAAGGUAGAGUACCAGUGUGAAGGAUUUUUGGAAAAAAACAAAGAUACGGUCUAUGAAGAACAGAUCAAAGUUCUAAAAUCAAGUAAGUUUAAAAUGCUGCCUGAGCUGUUUCAGGGAGAGAAGACCGUCAGCCCCACUUCAGCAACACCUCCCAGUCGGACAGCCCUGUCUCGAGCAGCGGUAAAGCCAGCCAAGUCUAAAUUAGCCCAGACCAACAAGGAACAUAAAAAAACAGUGGGACAUCAGUUCAGAAAUUCUCUUCAUCUCUUGAUGGAGACUCUUAAUGCCACAACGCCACAUUAUGUGAGGUGUAUUAAGCCCAAUGACUUCAAGUUUCCAUUUAUGUUUGAUGAAAAGCGGACUGUACAGCAGCUCAGGGCGUGUGGUGUGCUGGAAACAAUCCGCAUCAGUGCGGCUGGUUUCCCUUCAAGGUGGACAUAUCAAGAAUUCUUCAGCCGCUAUCGCGUCCUAAUGAAGCAGAAAGAUGUCCUCACUGACAGGAAGCAGACAUGUAAAAAUGUCUUGGAGAAGCUGAUUCUGGACAAGGAUAAGUACCAGUUUGGGAAGACAAAAAUAUUUUUCCGGGCUGGUCAAGUAGCCUAUUUGGAGAAGAUAAGAGCUGAUAAACUGAGAGCUGCUUGCAUCCGCAUCCAGAAGACCAUCAGGGGCUGGCUCUUGCGGAAGAAGUACCUGCGCAUGAAAAGGGCAGCCAUCACCAUUCAGAGAUACGUUCGGGGCUACCAGGCAAGAUGUCUUGCCACCUUUCUUCGAAGAACGAAAGCUGCCAUCACUAUUCAGAAGUUCCAGCGCAUGUAUGCCACCCGCAAGCGGUAUCGUCACACGCGCGCUGCCACCAUCGUUCUCCAGUCAUACCUGCGAGGUUAUAUUGCCAGGAGGAGGUACUGGAAGAUGCUUCGGGAGCACAAGGCCACCAUUAUACAGAAACAUGUGCGCGGCUGGCUGGCUCGCUCGCACUACCACAGGGCCCUGGAGGCCGUGGUCUUUCUGCAGUGCUGCUACCGGCGCAUGAUGGCAAAGAGGGAGCUCAAGAAGCUGAAGAUAGAAGCACGCUCGGUGGAGCAUUACAAGAAACUCAAUGUUGGCAUGGAGAACAAGAUCAUGCAGCUCCAGCGUAAAAUUGAUGAGCAGUCAAGAGACUCCAAAUCUCUGCUAGAAAAACUAACUACCCUAGAAAUCGCAUACAAUUCUGAGACAGAGAAGCUGAAGAACGAUGUGGAAAGACUUAGAAUGAGUGAAGAAGAGGCCAAAAAUGCCACCAACCGUCUCCUUAGUCUGCGAGAAGAGAUUGCAAAACUGCAAAAGGAACUGCACCAGACGCAGGCAGAAAAGAAGAUAAUCGAGGAAAAGGCAGAUCUGUACAAAAAAGAAACAGACCAGCUGGUGCUGGAACUAAAAGAGCAAAACACCCUACUUAAAAAAGAAAAAGAGGAGCUGAACUGUCACAUCCAGAAUCAGGAGAAAGAGAUAACAGAGGUCAUGGAGAAAAGGCUUCUUGAGGAAACAAAACAGCUGGACCUGGAUCUCAACAAUGAAAGGCAGAGGUACCAGAAUCUGCUCCAGGAGUUCAGCCGGUUAGAGGAGCGAUAUGAUGACCUCAGGGAUGAGAUGAAGUUGAUGGUGAGCAUCUCCAAGCCUGGGCACAAGAGGACAGAUUCCACACACAGUAGCAAUGAAUCUGAGUAUACAUACAGCUCUGAGAUCACCGAGGCAGAAGAACUACCUGUGAGAACAGAGGACGCCAGUGAGAAGAAGGCACCCCUGGACAUGUCUCUCUUCCUCAAGCUACAAAAACGAGUUACAGAACUGGAGCAAGAAAAGCAAUCCUUGCAGGAUGAACUGGACAGGAAGGAGGAACAAAUUCUUCGAACCAAGGCCAAGGAGGAAGAAAGGCCUCAGAUGAGAGGUGCAGAGCUUGAAUACGAAUCACUUAAGCGCCAAGAGCUUGAGUCAGAGAAUAAGAAACUGAAGAAUGAAUUGAAUGAGUUGAGGAAGGCACUGAUAGAAAAGAGCUCUCCAAACGUCACCGCUCCCGGUGCCCCAGCCUACAGGGUCCUCUUGGAGCAGAUGACUUCGGUCAGUGAGGAGCUGGAGGUUCGCAAGGAGGAAGUGCUCAUCCUGCGGUCUCAGCUCAUGAGCCAGAAAGAGGCCAUUCAGCCCAAGAACACCAUGACGGACUGCACAAUCCUUCUGGAGGAUGUGCAGAAGAUGAAGGACAAGGGAGAGAUAGCCCAGGCAUACAUCGGUCUGAAGGAGACAAACAGAUCAUCUCUUCAAGACUAUCAUAUGCUGAAUGAAGAUGGAGAGCUGUGGCUGGUUUAUGAAGGGCUAAAACAAGCCAACAGGCUCCUGGAAUCUCAGCUGCAGUCUCAGAAGAGGAGCCAUGACAAUGAACUGGAAGCCCUCCGUGGAGAGAUCCAGAGUCUGAAGGAGGAGAACAAUCGCCAGCAGCAGCUGUUGGCACAGAACCUGCAGCUGCCCCCCGAAGCCCGCAUAGAGGCCAGUCUGCAGCACGAGAUCACCCGCCUCACGAAUGAGAACCUGUAUUGUGAGGAAAUAUAUGCAGAUGACCCCAUGAAGUAUCAGUCUUACCGGAUUUCACUUUACAAACGGACGAUUGAUUUAAUGGAGCAGCUUGAAAAGCAGGACAAGACUGUUCGCAAACUGAAAAAGCAGCUCAAAGUCUUUGCUAAAAAGAUUGAUGAACUCGAAGUGGGCCAGAUGGAGAACAUUUCACCUGGACAAAUAAUUGAUGAGCCAAUCCAUCCUGUUAAUAUUCCAAGGAAAGAAAAGGACUUCCAGGGAAUGUUAGAAUAUAAGAAAGAGGAUGAGCCCAAGCUAGUGAAGAACCUUAUUUUAGAUCUGAAACCGCGUGGGGUGGCAGUCAACCUCAUCCCAGGAUUGCCGGCAUACAUCUUGUUCAUGUGCGUCCGCCAUGCUGACUACCUUAAUGAUGAUCAGAAAGUGAGGUCCUUGCUGACUUCUACUAUUAAUGGCAUCAAAAAAAUAUUGAAGAAAAGAGGUGAUGACUUUGAAACAGUUUCCUUCUGGCUGUCUAACACAUGCAGGUUUUUACACUGUUUGAAGCAAUACAGCGGUGAAGAGGGCUUUAUGAAGCACAACACAUCUCGUCAGAAUGAACACUGCCUCACCAAUUUUGAUCUUGCUGAAUAUAGACAAGUGUUAAGUGACUUGGCAAUUCAGAUCUACCAGCAGCUUGUCAGAGUUUUGGAGAACAUUCUGCAGCCAAUGAUUGUUUCAGGGAUGCUGGAACAUGAAACAAUCCAAGGGGUGUCCGGGGUGAAGCCAACUGGCCUCCGAAAGAGAACCUCCAGCAUCGCUGAUGAAGGAACGUACACCCUGGACUCAAUCAUUCGGCAGCUGAAUGCCUUCCACUCCACCAUGUGUCAACAUGGAAUGGAUCCAGAGCUGAUCAAGCAGGUGGUCAAACAGAUGUUCUACAUCAUUGGGGCUGUGACUCUCAACAACCUUCUCCUGAGGAAAGACAUGUGCUCCUGGAGCAAAGGGAUGCAGAUUAGGUAUAACGUAAGUCAGCUUGAAGAAUGGCUGCGUGACAAAAAUCUGAUGAAUAGUGGAGCUAAGGAAACUCUGGAGCCUCUUAUCCAGGCAGCUCAGUUGCUGCAGGUGAAAAAGAAAACCGACGAGGACGCCGAGGCCAUUUGUUCCAUGUGCAACUCCCUAACUACUGCACAGAUUGUGAAAGUUUUGAACUUGUAUACUCCAGUCAAUGAGUUUGAAGAAAGGGUGUCUGUGUCCUUUAUCCGGACAAUACAGAUGCGUAUGCGGGACAGGAAAGACUCUCCUCAGCUGCUGAUGGAUGCCAAGCAUAUUUUCCCUGUUACUUUUCCAUUUAAUCCCUCAUCUCUUGCUUUAGAAACCAUUCAGAUUCCAGCCAGUUUGGGCCUAGGGUUCCUUACUCGCGUCUGAGGUGCAAGGAUAUAGUUAGCCGUUGAUCUCUAAUCUCUAACAAUUAAAAUGAACGCAGCUGGGGGUGAGGGAGGGAGGGCAGGAGAAAAUAUUGUUGAUACCCUAAAAUGCACUGCAGAAAGCUGGAAUGCUGCAUAACUGACUCACAGCGGAAAGCUGAUGGAAACAUACCCAUUUAUACAAAUUCACCAUUCUCAUCCUGAGGUCUACAUAAUGUUUUCAGAAUUAGACAUUUUUCAGUACAGAGCUAAAGUGUGUUUUUAAAUCUCCCUGUAGGUCAUCAGCUGUCUUAGAUUUGAAGUCAGAGGUGUAGUCAGUUGGUGGCCAAUCAUCCAAGGAACAGGUUUCCUCUCUGUUUUUUCUCUGAGGACAAAAGUGGCCAAGAAGAAAUCAUUGCUAUUCGGACCACUGCCUGUGGGCAAGAGGAACCCGUUACCCUUGGCGCCACCUGAUGGGGACCCCAUUUCCCCAGUGUAGCCAGGUGGAGGACCACUUCACACAUUCCAGGAUCCGAGAUUACACCAUCAUGUUUGAAGUGGCCAUCCACCGCAGAUUCCGGUCGCCUGUGCACUUGUGGAAUAGAUGCCGUUAGCUGCUUCCAACAUGAACGCUUCACCGUGUACACUCGAUCCAUCCUGUGUUUCUGAUCCAUGUUCUGAUAAAGCUGAGGGGGCAGUUUAGCUCCUUCAUAAUACAUUUCUCCAUAAUUAAGUCAUAUGUGAUCUGCUGGCAGAUGCAGAUGAGAGAGGACCAGGGAAUUAGGUAAGGCAUGACUUUUAGUGAAGUAUAUAAGCAUUUAGGGCUAUCUUCUAUAUAUGUUAGAGAUUGGAACCAAAGUGCAAACUGGCAGUACAGAACACAACCUACCAGGAAUUUGGCCCACACGAACUCCGCUCAAGUGGACAGGGGCGGCAUAAAAUGUCAUACUCUUGGAGAAGGCUUCAUUCACUUCAAGGGAGCUUGUAUAGGAGAGGUUCAUAAUAAAUCUCAGCCCAGGAGAUAAUCUGUCAAGCAGCUUCCCUGUUUAUGUCAGAGUGGCAUAAAUGCUGAAGUAUCGAAAAGUCUUUUGUCUUACCACAUAGUGCCGUGUCGCUGUUCAUUAGUUAGUACUGUUUCAAAACAUAUCAAAAAGCUGCUGUGUGCCGUGUUCUUUUAAAUGUACGACAAUAGUUAGGGGAAAGAAGUACAGAUUUUAAAACCCCACAACGUUAAUAGUCCAGUCUUUACAGGAUUUCUGCGAAUGUCUAGAAAUAUCACUGGUAAUAGGAAAUGGUAACUAAGCACAAAUAACAAACUGGAAGCUGCAUAAUGGUUUACGUCUAUUUACUAAAGUAUUCAAGUUCUUGAGUUCAAUGAACAAAACCCACCCAUAUUAUAUUUUAGUAUUUAUUUAUCAUAUUGGCGUAUGCUUUUCACCUUGGCUGCCAGAUUUGUAAUGGCAGUGUGUAUAUUUAAAUACUUGUUUUGGAGAGCUUCUUUGUUGGGGGAGGACAUGCAUUUUAAAUGAAAAUAAAGGCAAAUCUAUUUUAUCCCCAA